AUGCAAAUGGAAAACACCGUUGUAACCGACCUCGAAACCACUCCUCCACGUCCACCAGUUCAAGAUCUGGGAACCCAUCGCCCCAAAACCAACUCCCGGAAGCGGAAGAAGGAGGUUAAUUCCAAGAUACGAAGUCCCGAAGAGAAACAAGCUCAAAUCGAAACCCUAGAAAAAGAGCUCGAAGGGUUGUUUGGGUACUACAGGGAGGUUUUGGGUAAGAAGGUUGCUGUUGACCUCAAUCAAUGUGGUGGGUCAAGAAACGCGGUUGUUGCGGCGUUGAUGGAGGAGAGUGAGCUUCCGUUGUCGAAGCUUGUGGAUGAGAUUCAUGGGAGGCUGAACAGUGAGGUGGCGAAUGGGGGAGUUGUGUUGGCGGAAAGUUUUAACUCCGCGUUGGUGAAGAGUAGUUUGCUGUGUGUUGGGCAGAGGAUGAUAUACGGAGUGCCCAAUGCUGAUGCUGAUAUACUAGAGGAUCAUUCCGAUUCUUGUCUUUGGUGUUGGGAGACUAGAGAUGUUAAGUUGCUUCCAAAAUCUGUCCGAGGGGAGCUUGUUAUCCGGCGUACAAUGCGAAAAAAGAUUAAUGAGAGGAUUAUGGCUGUAACUGAAAUGAUAGUGUCACUCAAGAAACAUGAAAGCGAGCCUAACUAUAGUCAAGACUUAAUUAAGGCCUCAAAAAAGCUGAAUAAAACUUCCACUGGGGCUGACAUUCAGUUGAUAGUUGAAGGCUUGUUGCAGAAAAACAGUGAAGACAUGGAUAAGAAAAAAGCAAGCCAAGAAGAAAAAUUGCUGAUUAAACAGUUGGAUAGAAAUAGAAGAGAAGCUGAGAAAGCUGAGAAAGAGAGGGAGAAAGCUGUGAAAGAGAAGGAGAAAGCUGAAGCAAAAGAGAAAGAAAAAGAAAGCAUGCAGUGUGAUCUGAACACAGAAACAACUGCCAUUGAAACUAGUAUGAAAUUGUCCCAAGGCGAGGUAAGAGGUGACGAGAAAUGUAGUGAACAGAAAAAACAACAAAAGAGGCUGGUUGAGGAAGCAGAAAAAGAUCAGCGGCGUCAAGAAAAAGAAGAAGCUGAGUUAAAAAAGAAACGUAAUUUACAAAAGCAAGUCUCGAUCAUGGAACGAUUUUUGAAAAGAAGUAAGCCUAAUCCUUCUGUUCAGAGUGACAAAGUUUCAGUUGAGCCAACUGCAUCUGAUUUGAUAAGCAGCAAGGAUGAAAACCUGUCUAAGUCAGCUACUCUCUUGAUGGAUGAUGUUCUUGCAUCAAGUAGUGAUAUUACACCAGAGGAUCUUCGCAGGUCACACUUUUCUUCAUGGCGCUCUCUAGGACAAUCAAUUCGCUCAAACAGAAAACAGAGAUGGGGUUUACGUCAGAAUCCCAAGAUUGAAGCUGUUGACAAACUUAAGCUUACAGAUAGUAAAGCUGCAAGUCAGGACUAUGAGUUGGGCAUGGAAAAGGAUGUAGACCAAUUGGAAGAAAGUAGUCCAGAUCUUAAUUCAUGCUUGUUGAAUGCAGACAACACUAAUCUUGAUACCAAGAAGUACUAUCGAGGAAGGCAAUUAUUACAGUUUGAUAAUGCUCCUAGACCAGCCUUUUAUGGGUUUUGGCCGUCUAAAAGUCAUGUCGUUGGAGCACGCCAUCCUUUAAGGAAGGAUCCAGGCCUUGAUUAUGAUGUCAGCAGUGAUGAGGAAUGGGAAGAGGAUGAACCUGGUGAAAGUCUUUCAGAUUGUGAGAAAGAUGAAGAGAAGGAUGAAGAGGAAUGUCAAGAGGAAUGUUCAAAAUCUGACGGAGAAAGUGAAGAUGGAUUUUUUGUACCAGAUGGAUAUCUUUCAGACGAUGAGGGUGCACAAUUGGACAGAAUGGAAACAGAUGUUAGCCAUGCAGAGGCUGAUAGCUCACCUUGCUCUAAGGAUGACAUAGAGGCUGAGGAAUUUUGUGCUUUACUUCGACAGCAGAAAUAUCUUAACAAUUUGACAGAGCAUGCUCUUCGUAAAAAUAAUCCUGUGAUUAUACCAAAUUUUGUCCUUGACAAGGACCUUUCAUUAUUGGAUCACAAUAUUAGCGGCAUUCCUAAGCAGGAGCUGAUGUGCUUGCAAGCCUUGAGUAUGUACACAAUUCCCGGUGGCUCAUAUAUAGAAUUAGAAUUAUUGACAGAUAAAAUUCAAGAUGAAGACCAAGAAGCAUCUCCUUCUACUGGCAAAGGUGCUGCUACUCCACCGUCUGAUUUGGCUGCUAUACCAGACACAGAUCUACCUACAAUUGUGACCACUAUUCAGGGUUGUUCUCAGGGCAUAAAUAAACUGUUAGGGUCUUUGCAGCAAAAAUUUCCUUCUGCAUCUAAGGCAUCACUAAGGAAUAAAGUACGAGAAGUAUCAGAAUAUGUUGAUAACCGUUGGCAGGUGAAGAAAGAAGUAUUGGUGAAGCUUGGCUUGUCUGUUAAACCUGAAAAGAGCAGUGGUGGACCAAGAAGUAUUGCUGCAUUUUUCUCCAAAAGGUGUUUGCCACCUGGGGGUGAAAGUGUGAAACCUGGUGAAACUUCACCACUGACACCCCUGAAAUCACGUUCUGCCAUUCAAGAUUCACAAGCCAGCAGAUCAUAA